CCAGAGGGAUCUAUAAAAGGUGACAGCGUUGCAAAGAUCCUCACUUCAUCCGGGACCAACCUUGCUCUCUUACCUAUCAACACUGGAGAUCAGAAGCAAAGCAAAAUGUGUAAGACUCAGCUGGAAAAAUGUUGCGAAUACAUCAUAAACAUCUUUCACCAAUAUUCCAUUCGAACGCCCCCUCCCGACAUGCUCUCCAAAGGCGAGUUUGCCAAGAUGGUGAAGGAGCAGCUUCCAAACGUCAUUCGGAACACUAAGAACCCCGAGGCCAUGAACCGCUUUUUCAAUGAGCUGGACCAGAAUAAGGAUGGGCAGGUAUCCUUUGACGAGUUUGUGAAUCUCGUCAGUAGACUGUUAACUUCCACCACAAGCACUGAGCCAGCGGUGUGAGGAUCCGAUGUCACCAGAUUGCUUCUCCUCCCGGUCUAACCAGCGUCACCCCUUCGAGGCUUCUGGGCUCAGCCCUGGGGAGCCCAGAACAAUAAAGAGUUUAAUCUUCCCCAAAA